UUCCCGCCCAUGACAACGCACUGGAACCGACCACUGAGCUGCACAUGGACCUACGUGUAUGAUAGCGACCUGCCGGCGGGAGUCUCAGAGCCCAUUGUGUAUCUGGAUCUGGAGCCCCGUCCUGGUGCUUCUACUCUGUCUUGCUACCCAGAUGGCAUGUUCUACGAUGGACGCACUGGGGUGUUUAGCCCUGCUACGUGCCCCUAUGGAUGGACGACUGUGUCUCUUGCGGUAAACACUGACCAGAGUGAGGAUGAGGCAACCACCACAGCAUUGUGUUGUUCAUCCGAAUACUCUUACGCUGAUGGGCAUUGCAAGCGUAAUGUUCCUACGGUUCUGGCAGUCCCCAUCAUAUACAACCAUACAGCCGCUACAUACGAUAUUUUGACCAACUCAACCACCACCCUCUACAGCGCCACCCUGGCUGUCAAUACCAUCCGUGCACUCUUCAGAGAGCAAGAUAAGCCGCUCCUCGGCUUGACAAAUGAGGAUGAUAUCGACGACCAGCCGGAAGACGACCACGGAUUGUCAAUGAGUGCCAAGAUUGGAAUCGGAGUUGGCGUGACGCUAUUCGGCUUGUUCACCAUUGGAGCGGCUAUUUUAAUUUAUCUAUGGAGGCGAGACCGCAGCAAAAAGCAUUGCACAAGUGGCACGUCGCACGAGCUGGGUGUUGUGCAGAGGACACAGGGGCCAAUGUACACCAACUCGCCACUUGGCUCGCACCAACGAGCCCGUGCACGCGACGCCGAGCCGCCUCCUGCCUACGACUUCACCACCGAAACCAGCAGCGUCGCAGAUAACGAUGAUGAGAAUACUGCCGUAGCCCGAGAUGGCGAGAUCCAGGUUCUGAUGGCGCAAAAGGAGGCUAUCCAGCGACGCAUCGAGGAGCUGGAAAGGGCC